UUCAACUUCUCGUCGUUGUCAACAACAACAACAGCAAAUCUCCACGUCACACAUUUCGAAAAAUUAAUUUUGUUCUUAUAUCAUUUCAAGUUGAGAAAAAUAUAAUGUCAAAAGCCAACCGAUCCGGGGCCGGAGAUUUUUCGGUCUUCGGGAAAAGGUCCACGCCCACCACAAGUAUCAACGUGAUCGCCGGUGGAGCACGAAUAAAGACCGAACCAGGGGAGGAAUUCCAAUCGUGCGGGAAUGGAAGAGACGGUGAUAAGCGUAAGGGUAACGAGGUCAAGCCGAGAGCUGGCCCCUUUAAGAAAUUUCGUUUGAGACAAACCGAACUAAAAUUUGACAAGGAAUCUCCACCUCCUUCUCGUGCCGUGGUGCACUCAUCUUGGAUCAAAAUGGACAAACAUAAGAUAAUCCCAAAAGACGACCGAUUCGAGAUAGAAUAUUUUUCCGUCUUCAGAAAUAGGACCACGGUCACCUCAACUGCUAACCGUGAAGCACGAAUAAAGACAGAACCGGGGGAGGAAUUUCAUUCGAGCCGGAACGAAAACGAGGACGAUAAGCGACAGGAUGUGGAGGCUGAUAAGAUCAAGGCGAAAGUUGACCCUUUCGAGAAGUUUCGUCGUGAUAUGCAAACCGAACAAAAAUAUGUGAAGGAAACUCGACCUCCUUCUCCCGUCGUUGUCUCCCGAUCAUUGGAGAACUCUUCGAAUGAAGUCGUCGUCAAUCUGGAUCAGCAGCAGGGACGAUCCCCUAACAUGAACCGGCAGACAGAAUUACCAUCAAACUCGGAAGAAGAAGCACCGUCUCAAUCGAGUGCUUAUCAGAGGAAACACUCGAACAAUUCUGCUAAACGCAACACAGAGAAGAAGGGAGGGGUGAAUUUUCUCUUAAAAUAUAUCGCUCUAAAGCGUUCGGAAGGUCCCUCCAGCUGCGACAAUUGUAGGAAGCGGUUCACCGGAAAUGACGACGACGGACACAAAUGUAGGGUCACCACGAGUCCGAGAAAAUUCCCAUGUUCUACUUGCGGCAAAGCCUUCAUUAGACAAGAUCACCAGAUCGUUCACAAACUCGGUGUGCACGACAUGGUCAAGUUCCCCUGUGCCAAGUGUCACAUGAGGUUCACCACGCAGGCUUCCAUGAAGCGACACGUGGACACCGUCCAUUCCAGGAUUAGGCACCGUUGCUUCCGCUGCGGGUGGACAUGCACCAGGAUGGAAUAUCUGAACGCUCAUUGGAAGAAGAAGCACCGCUUCAAUCGCUGAAACACUUACGCAAUUAUUUGCUUUAAUUGAAAAAAAUAAUUGGAAUCUCAUUAAAAUGGAAACAUUCGACGAUAAAAUUGUAAACCUUUAGAAUUUGUACCUUUAAACUUUUAUGAAUUAGUAUUGUAUUAAUUACCAAAAUUAUGCUGUUAUACGUACACGCAUUAUGGAUAUGGAAUUAGCCAUAUGUGGAAGAAUUGUUAUUAUUCUCACAGUCAAAAUUAUUUUGUGGCGUGUAAUAGUAAUGUAACUUUAAUACAUUCAUUUAGCAAGCUGUAAUUUUUGAAAUUCCGUCUUAUCAAAUUGAACUAGAAUUAAUUACUAAUUUAAAUUUAGUCUGACUAGAAAAGUAAUGCAAAAUUGGAAAAUA